UUCACCCCUCCUCCACGAACACCAAGCCCCACCCCCCCCUCCACUUUCCUGUUGCUCAUCCUCCUCCUCCUCCAACCCCACCACCCCUCAACGCUACCACAUCCCCGACGAAAUCAAACUCUCCCCCCAAUUCCCACCCCUUAUUCCCUUCUAUCUUUUCGCUUCUUUUACACCGUACACUUCUUUCAAGAUGGCCGAUACCGAUAACGAUGAGCAGCACAACCACACCUUCGAGUCGGCCUCUGCCGGCGCGUCGGCCACUUACCCCAUGCAGUGUUCCGCUCUGCGCAAGAACGGACACGUCGUCAUCAAGGGCCGCCCUUGCAAGAUUGUCGAGAUGAGCACCUCCAAGACUGGAAAGCACGGACACGCCAAGGUCCACUUGGUCGCCAUCGACAUCUUCACCGGAAAGAAGCUCGAGGAUCUCUGCCCCUCCACCCACAACAUGGACGUGCCCAACGUCACUCGCACUGAGUACCAGUUCUCGUACAUCGACGACGAUUUCCUCUACCUGAUCAAGCCUGAUGGUUCCGAGAAGAACGACGUCAAGGUCCCCGAAGGAGAGGUCGGUGACAAGAUCAGGGAGUACGAGGACGCCGGAACCGACAUCUUGGUUACCAUCAUCGCCGCCAUGGGAGAGGAGGCCGCCAUUUCCGUCAAGGAGGCCCCCAAGGCCUAAUUGUUUUGCUGGAGUCAAGGAUUAAAAUUAAACCUAGUUUCUCGCUUUCUUUUUCCACAUCUUCGAUUCUUCCGUCUUUUUUCGUCUAGGUGCGUUUGCACGGGGCUUUUUGUGUUUUUCGUUUUUUCAACCAUCCUUCUCCCUUUACCGAUCGAACAUUUGUGGAGUGGAGCAAUUGGGGCAGCAGCGGCGGGGGAGUUUCUCUUUGAUUGCAAGCACACAAUUGAUGUGGAGGGGUGGGGGGGAAAUUGGAUUACUGUCAAAACACACCCAAAAGUUUCUGGUUGCAUAUGAUAUGCUGGAUAUUGGUAUAUGACAAGAUGGGGUUUAUGGAAAUCGCUUGGGGUUGGGGAAUUGCUUCGAAUCUGCAGCCUCUUCGCCAAUAUGCUCUUAUCCAUCU